AUGGAGUUCAAGACUACUGUAAGGCACAUGGAUCAUGACAAAAAUCACAACUCAACCGAGCUCCUGCGGCUAGCUCUAGACCGAAGUAGGAAGAGUGGUAAUUUCGACUAUUUAUCAUAUCUCUCAAUCGGCACUCCGUCGGUAUCUUUCCGAGCCUUAAUCGACUCGGUCGACGCCCUAACGUGGACCCAAUGCGCAACCUGCCACAUCCGCUCUGCUCAGCCGACUUCCUUAUUCAAUCCCAUGAAAUCCACCUCGUACGCCACAUUAAAAUGCCCCAACGAGAAAUGCAAAUUGUUCAAUUACAAUGGUUGCGAUAAACGUCCGUCUGGCACCACGUGCAUGUACAACCUCUUGUACGGAGAUGGCAGCUGGACCCAAGGCGACCUGGCGACCGAGACCCUCUGGUACGAGGCCGACAAGGUCCCCGUCCCGAGAGUCCUGUUCGGCUGUGCAUAUCACAGUUUUGGAGAUCCAGUAAAUAGAGGCGCUGGGAAUUUGGGCCUGGGACAAUGGAACGAAACCUUCGGCUCCCAACUCGACGUGUGCACGUUCUCCUACUUCCUGCCCUUAUUGGGCUCCAAAGAGACCGACAAUGUGUUAUUCGUCUCUUUACCCAUAAAGAGACGACCGGUCUCAUUGGAGCCCAAUGGGGGCAGGCAGUAUGAAAAUGCGAGCAAGUCGAGUGGGGAGACGAAUGUUUUGUUCCAUCGGCCCAAGCCCAAGUUCCCCGCGCCUCCAUUUACUGGAUCUCUGAAACUGUGA